GUUUGACUUCUCUGACCUUGUUAGGCAGAAUGAAGCUUCAUGCCCUGUGAGUCAGACUUCUGGAUUAACAUGAAGUGGUCUUGGCACAGUAGACUUCUCACUGCAGCUUUCAUUUGUAUAAAGUUAGCUGAAGCAAUGACUGUCAAAACAACAGAAGGAGAAAAACUACAAGUUGUCUGUGAAUACAACUACAGGUAUAAGUUACACAAUAAAUACUUCUGCCGACACCCAUGUAACAGUGACAAUGACGUCCUUGUCCUGUCCAGUAAACCUGAAACCCUGGUGACAAGAGGCAGAUUCCAUCUGUUUGAUUACUCCUCAAACUGCAAUAUCAGAGUGACUGUGGACAACGUCCAACUCACAGAUACUGGCACAUAUUACUGUGGCAUUGAAGUAUCUCUCAGGUUGGACAGAUUCACUCAAGUAUUCAUUAAAGUUGAAAAAGGGCCUUCCACCAUGGUGACUCCAGUAUGGACGACACAGCAACAUAGUGGAGUAACAGCAGAGUCCACCAGAUCAUCUGUUUGGACAGAAAGUUUGCCUCCUUCUUCUGCUUAUACACAAAGUCCUGACCCUGAAACAACUCAGAAACCAACAAGGGCGGAGACCACAGAAGUAUGGGUCCCGCUUGGCAUUGCGUUGGCGGCAGUGGUGUUUUUAUUCCUAUUGACUGUUCUGAUGCUCAGCCAAAUCAAGAAGAAUAGGAAGGCCACGGGUGAGCUUUGUCCAACUCACCUGAAUGUGGCAAGGUGGUUCCUUUUAUCUUGGAUCCAGGAGUACUUCCUGUACUCGGGCAUAGGUCAAUGGAAGUCCCACAAAUACAUUCAAGAUCCUUCUCCACUUUAUGAAGAAAUUCUGGACUCUGCAUCUGUGAAUAACAAUGACAUUGUGUAUUCUUCUGUGGUUUUCCACUAG